AUGGUCGCCCUCGAGGACCCCACGAAUUCAACGCGACCUACACCCGGCAUCGCCGUCGCAGACGCAGACUUCCAGCUGGGUAGCUCCAUCUUCAUUGCUGCGCCCUCGACACGAGUCUGGGAGGUGCUAAUGGACACAUCAACAUGGCCUGAAUGGAACACAUUCGUUCCGCGCGUGACAAUUCGCGAACAAGCAGACACACAGACUUCCGACCCCGCCACACUCUCCCCACACCUCCGCAAGGGCACAAGGCUGACCUUCCACGUCCGCAUGGAUUCCACCUCCACAAAACCCCAAGCCGCCCGAGACGUGCACCUCCGCAUCACUGAAUAUGCCGCGCCGAACCCCGAGACCAAGACGCCUGGUCGGAUCGUGUGGGUCGCGGACCUGGAUGCGCCGGGCGCGUUUCCGCGGUCUCUCUUGAACGCGGAGCGAGUGCACGAGAUUACCGACGUGGAGAUUGGGGAGGGUGAGAGUGCUGUGCAGGGCACUGAAGUGCGGAACUGGGAGUUGCAGGCUGGGUGGUUGGUCUAUGCAGUCAAGUGGAUGUAUGGGGCGAAGCUGCAGCAGAAUUUCGAGCUGUGGGUUAGUGAUUUGAAGAAAUUCAUUGAAGGUGGGGAGAAUGCUUCCAAUUAG